AUGUUAUUUUUCAGUUUCUUUAAAACUCUAGUUGAUCAAGAAGUCACAGUGGAGCUUAAAAAUGAUAUGGAAAUAAAAGGGACCUUAAAAUCAGUGGAUCAAUUUUUAAAUCUAAAAUUAGAUAAUAUAACAUGUUUGAAUAGUGCACAAUAUCCGUAUUUAAAUGCUGUAAAGAAUUUAUUCAUUAGAGGUUCAACUGUUAGAUAUGUUCAUAUGAAUCCAAAUAGUGUAGAUUGUACAUUAUUACAAGAUGCAUCAAGAAGAGAAGCAAUGGUACAAGCAGGUAAAUAG